GAACGAUCCAGGUGCACACGUUCAUGAAAUCUUGGCUUAUCAUCAAGUAAUUGAAUUUGUUACCAAAUAUGUAGAUGAUCAUCCAGGAACAGUUCUCAUAUCAGUUAGUGAUCAUGAAACUGGUGGUCUGACUCUCUCUCGACAAACAAAUGCGUCUUAUCCUCAAUAUCUAUGGUAUCCUGAUGUAAUAUCCCGUAUAAAAAAUUCUUCAUCUGCCUUAGCUAUGGAAUUGUCUAAUUAUUGGAACACAGAUCGAGAUAAUUAUGUAAAAGAUACCAUUUUAUGCAAUUGUCUAGGAAUUGAUGAUUUUACGGAUGACGAAGUAAAAUUCUUAGUUGCAAAUCAAACAAAAAUGGAUUAUGAAUAUUAUAUGGCUAAUUUGACAAGCUGGAGAGCUCGUUUGGGUUGGACAACACAUGGCCAUACAGGUGUCGACGUCAGUCUUUUCGCACAUGGAAUAAACACAGGACCAUUACGUGGAAAUCACGAAAACACCUACAUCGGCCAAUUUAUUGCGGACUAUCUUGAUUUGGACCUUGAUAGCAUUACUCUAAAACUGAAUAG